UACACACCAGAAGAUUUUAUCGAAUAUGACUAUGAGUAUGGGGAUGCAGAUUAUAAAGAAACUGAUUCUGUAACAGAGGGACCCCCACUGUUCGAAGAGACAGUAGCACAAACAGAGGCAAAUGUUGUGGAUGGAUUUCGAGAGUAUAGCACAGCUGAAAAUGACUAUGGGCCCCAGACAGAAGCUCCCUCCAGAACUACUGAAGCAAAUGAGCAAAAGCCUGUUGAAGAAGUAUUUGCCGAAGAAUACAUAACUGGAGAGGAUUAUGAUAAAAAAACUGAAUAUGGAAGCAGAGGAGUAGACCUCAGUGAAUCUGAUCUGCUGGUAGAUGGAGAUUUAGGCGAAUAUGAUUUUUAUGAGUAUAAAGAAUAUGAAGAGAAACCAACUGAUUCCACUAAUGAGGAGUUUGGUCCAGGUGUUCCUGCAGAGACUGAUAUCACAGAAACAAGUCUCAGUUGGGGACACUAUGGCAGAAUGACACAGGAAAGGUCAGAUUAUCUGCAAAGCAAAAAGCCCGUGGCUAGACAUGGAGCUUAUGGAGAAAAAGGCCAAAAGGGAGAACCAGCUGUGAUUGAACCUGGUAUGCUCAUUGAAGGACCACCGGGACCAAGAGGACCUGCUGGUCUAACAGGUCCCCCAGGUCUACAAGGUCCUGUUGGUCCUCCAGGUGACCCUGGUGAAAGGGGUCCACCUGGUCGCCCUGGUCUCCCUGGUGCUGAUGGUUUAGCAGGUCCCCCAGGUACCAUGUUAAUGUUGCCGUUCCGCUUUGGUGGAGAUGGUGAGAAGGGCCCAACAAUCUCAGCUCAGGAAGCUCAAGCACAAGCUAUUCUUCAGCAAGCCAGGAUUGCUAUGAGGGGUCCGCCUGGUCCCAUGGGACUCACUGGAAGACCAGGUCCUGUGGGUGGACCUGGAGCAGCAGGUGCUAAGGGUGAAAGUGGUGAACCAGGUCCCCAGGGCCCUCGUGGUGUUCAAGGUGCCCCUGGUCCAAGUGGAAAAGCUGGCAAAAGGGGACGUCCUGGAGCUGAUGGUGCCAGAGGAAUGCCAGGAGAACCUGGUGCAAAGGGUGACAGAGGAUUUGAUGGUCUUCCUGGCCUCCCUGGUGACAAAGGUAACAGGGGAGACCGUGGCCCACAGGGACCUCCUGGCUUACCUGGUGACGAUGGAUCAAGAGGCAUUGCAGGUAUUGAUGGACCUUCAGGCCCAAAAGGAAACAUGGGCCCUCAAGGGGAACCAGGACCUCCUGGUCAGCAAGGAAUUCCCGGCCCACAGGGGCUUCCUGGUCCUCAAGGUCCUAUUGGACCUCCUGGUGAAAAAGGACCUCAAGGCAAGCCUGGCCUUCCUGGCCUUCCUGGUUCUGAUGGGCCUCCUGGUCAUCCUGGCAAAGAGGGUCAGUCUGGAGAUAAAGGUGCAUUGGGGCCUCCAGGUCCUCAGGGUCCAAUUGGCUAUCCAGGUCCUCGUGGUGUAAAGGGAGCUGAUGGUGUCCGUGGUCUCAAGGGAUCCAAAGGUGAAAAGGGUGAAGACGGUUUUCCAGGAUUUAAAGGUGACAUGGGCCUUAAAGGUGACCGGGGAGAAAUUGGUCAGCCAGGUCCACGAGGAGAAGAUGGUCCAGAAGGUCCUAAAGGUAGAGCAGGUCCAUCUGGGGACCCAGGUGCUGCUGGCCCAGCUGGAGAAAAGGGUAAGCUUGGUGUACCCGGAUUGCCAGGAUAUCCAGGAAGACAGGGUCCAAAGGGCUCAACUGGUUUCCCAGGAUUUCCAGGUGCCAAUGGAGAGAAAGGUGCAAGGGGAUUACAUGGCAAACCAGGCCCAAGAGGACAGCGAGGACCAACAGGCCCAAGAGGCUCAAGAGGUCCUAGAGGUCCCACUGGCAAACCAGGUCCUAAGGGUACCGCAGGCAAUGAUGGUCCUCCUGGCCCACCAGGUGAAAGGGGACCACAAGGGCCUCAAGGACCUGUUGGAUUCCCUGGACCAAAGGGACCUCCAGGUCCACCUGGAAAAGACGGCUUGCCUGGGCACCCAGGGCAGCGGGGUGAGACAGGUUUUCAAGGAAAAACUGGUCCUCCUGGUCCUGGUGGUGUUGUUGGCCCUCAGGGUCCUACUGGUGAGACUGGUCCAAUUGGUGAAAGAGGUCACCCAGGUCCUCCUGGUCCACCAGGUGAACAAGGCCUCCCAGGUGCUGCAGGAAAAGAAGGUGCUAAGGGUCCAGCUGGUUUGAAAGGAGGGGAAGGCCCACAAGGCCCGCCUGGCCCACUUGGUUCACCAGGGGAACGUGGAGCAGCGGGCACCGCUGGCCCAAUUGGUCUACCAGGUCGUCCUGGACCUCAGGGUCCUCCAGGCCCUGCAGGAGAGAAGGGUGCUCCUGGUGAAAAAGGUCCUCAAGGUCCUGCUGGACGUGAUGGAGUACAGGGUCCUGUGGGACUUCCUGGUCCUGCUGGUCCUAGUGGUUCUCCAGGAGAAGAUGGUGACAAGGGUGAAAUUGGUGAACCAGGUCAGAAAGGUAGUAAAGGCGACAAGGGAGAAAACGGUCCUCCAGGUCCACCAGGUCUCCAGGGUCCUGUUGGUGCACCUGGUAUAGCUGGAGGUGAUGGGGAGCCAGGCCCAAGAGGUCAGCAAGGCAUGUUUGGGCAAAAAGGUGAUGAAGGUCCUCGAGGAUUCCCUGGACCUCCAGGCCCUAUUGGCUUACAGGGUCUGCCUGGCCCACCAGGUGAAAAGGGUGAAAAUGGUGAUGUGGGCCCAAUGGGUCCACCUGGCCCUCCAGGUCCAAGAGGUCCCCAGGGUCCUAAUGGAGCUGAUGGUCCUCAAGGACCACCUGGCUCAAUCGGCUCUGUUGGAGGUGUUGGUGAAAAGGGUGAACCUGGAGAAGCUGGUAACCCUGGACCUCCUGGAGAAUCUGGAACAUCUGGUCCAAAAGGUGAAAGAGGAGAAAAAGGUGAGGCUGGUCCACCUGGAGCAGCUGGACCACCAGGUGCUAAAGGACCUCCAGGUGAUGAUGGACCUAAGGGUAACCCAGGCCCAGUUGGUUUUCCUGGAGAUCCUGGUCCCCCUGGUGAACCUGGUCCGGCUGGUCAGGAUGGUGUUGGUGGAGAGAAAGGUGAAGAUGGUGAUCCUGGUCAACCUGGUCCACCAGGUCCUUCAGGUGAAGCUGGCCCACCUGGGCCACCCGGUAAAAGAGUAGAUUAUAAUCCGUAUGGGAACUUGAGUGCAAGGAAUUUUCAUGCAGUAAAGACAAUGGGCAUGGACCUCCAGGAGCAACUGGUGCUGAAGGCAGACAAGGUGAAAAAGGUGCCAAGGGUGAACCUGGUGCAGAAGGGGCUCCUGGAAAAACAGGUCCUGUUGGUCCACAAGGACCUGCAGGGAAACCUGGACAUUCCUGGCCCUGUGGGAGAACAAGGUUUACCUGGAGCGCCAGGUCAGGAUGGCCCUCCUGGGCCUCUG